AUCCGUUUCCUCCCGUGAAGCUUUCUUUCUCGUCUCUCCUGAUUGCUCGUCUUCUUGUCGUCUUUUUGUUACUUUUUGCUUCUUCGGGUUGGUUCUUCGCUUUGUUGGCGUUGAUGGCGGCGGGAGGCGGAAGUUGUUUAUUUAGCGGCUUCCGGCUUUUGGGACUUUACUGCAACCACGUGCCGCAUGUGCUCCGAUACCACCGCAAACAUCGGGAGUUCUACCUGGUGACGUCAGUGGGAAAAUGUUUGCACACGUACAACGUCAACCGCUUGGGCAUCGUCGCCGUCAGUAACAGCCUGCCGGACGACAUCACGUGCUUGGCGGCCGACAGGAUGUUGGUGUUCGCCGCCGCCGGCUCGCUCGUCUACGCCUUCGCCAGGAACAAAGAGGUGGUGAUGUGUUACCGUGGACACAAACAAGAAGUGCGCUCGCUGCUUCCUUUCGGCGAUCAACUGAUCUCGGCCGACGGCGGCGGGCUCGUCGUCGUGUGGGACGUCCGAGGCGGCGACGCGUACCUACAGCUGAACUUGGACCCCGCGACCUUCGACGUGUCGGCAAUGAUGCAUCCCAGCACGUACCUGAAUAAAGUCCUGCUGGGGAGUUCCCAGGGUGCAUUGCAGCUCUGGAACCUAAAGACCAGCAAGUUGUUGUACACGUUUGCGGGCUGGUCAGCGGGCGUCAGCGUGCUGCAGCAGAGCCCGGCGGUGGACGUGGUGGGCGUCGGCACCGCAACGGGCCGCAUCAUCAUUCACAACAUCCGAUUGGACGAGACGCUGAUGACCUUCACGCAGGACUGGGGGCCAAUCACGUCGCUGGCUUUCCGAACAGACGGGCCACCCACGCUGGCGACGGGCAGUCCUCAAGGUCACGUAACCUUGUGGGACCUGGAGCGGCGGCAGCCGGCGGCUCAGCUGAGACACGCCCACCAGACGGCGGUGAGCGCCAGCUUCGUGCACGGCGAGCCGCUCCUCGUCACCAACGCCGGCGACAACGCCAUCAAGGUCUGGAUCCUAGACCAGGAAGGGGGCGGAGCUAGGUUGCUGAGAAAUCGGCAGGGUCACAGCGCCCCGCCCGCUACCAUCUGUCACCACGGCAACGACGGGAAAAACAUCCUCAGCGCUGGUCAGGACGGCACACUGCAGUCUUUCUCCAGCGUACACGAACGACUCAACAAGAACCUCGGACACGGCUCCAUCAAUAAAAAGAAAGAGCAGAAGAAGAAGAAGGGGCUGUCCUAUGAAGAGCUCCGCCUACCUGCAAUCACUGCAUUCGCCUCUGCGACGGCCCGCCAAGCCGACUGGGACGGUAUCGUGGCGUGUCACCGUGGUCGCCUAGCAACCACCACCUGGAACUACCAGCGCUGCACAAUGGGGGCACACCACUUGCGACCACCGGGGGGCAGCGGCAAUGCUGUCGCCAUGGCUGUUGACAUCACUUCCUGUGGAAACUUUGCACUGGUGGGCUCUUCGUGCGGUCGCGUCGACGUUUACAACCUGCAGUCCGGAUUUCAUCGCGGUUGCUAUGGAGACAAGCAGAAAGCCCACAGCGGCGCCGUGCGAGGCGUGGCCACCGACACGCUCAAUCAGCUGACGCUCACCGCCGCGUCCGAUUGCCUCCUCAAGUUCUGGCGCUUCAAGAGCCGCAAACAGGAAGAGCAGAUCAAGCUAAAUGCGGCGCCGGCUAGCAUGAAGCUACACAGAGACAGCGGCAUGCUAGCAGUUGCUCUGGAUGACUUCACUCUGCUGAUCGUCGACGUUGAAACCAAGCGAGUUGUCCGCAAGUUUGCGGGUCACCACGGCAACACCAACGACAUGACUUUCAGUCCAGACGGUCGCUGGUUGAUCACCGCCGGGAUGGACUGCACCAUUCGCACGUGGGACGUCCCCUCGGGAAACCUGGUGGACUGCUUCCUGGUGUCCAUGGCGCCAGUGGGCGUGUCCAUGUCCCCAACUGGCGACUACUUGGCGACGUCGCACGUGGACAGCCUUGGCGUUUACUUGUGGACCAAUAAGAGCCUUUGCGGGCCCGUGGGGCUCCGCCCGCUCCCGGCCGACUGCCGGCCAGAGGAGGAGACCCUGCCGGGGGCCGGGCCGCCGGGGAACGAGCGGGAAGUGACAUCAGAGGAGGAGGAGCCUGCCGAGUCGUACGGCUCGGCGGAGCAGUUGGGGGCGGAGCUCGUGACGCUGUCGCAGCUCCCCGAGUCGAGAUGGAAACAUCUGCUGUGCCUCGACACCAUCAAGAGGAGGAACAAAGCGGUGAUGCCGCCCGUGUCUGGAGCACCCGCGCCCUUCUUCCUGCCCACAGUGCCAGGCCUGAUGCCGCGCUUCUCCGUGCCGCCACAGGAAGCACAGUCCAAGGUGUUGAGCUGCAGUCUACCAUCACAGAGGUCAAAGUUCAGUUGUGCUCUGGAGGCGUGUCUUGUCACGGAGUCAUCAUUCGCCGUUCCCGUGGAGCUGUUGAAGUCUUUCGGUCCGUCUGCCGUCUCAGUCGAGCUUGCCGGUCUGUCGCCUGACGGGGGCGGAGCCAGCAGCCUCAUGUUUGCCUUCAUUCGCAUGAUUGACAGCAUGCUGGCCAGUGGGCGGGACUUUGAUCUGGCUCACGCUUACCUAUCGCUGUUCCUCAAGCUUCACCUCCGUUCACUGGCGCAGGAUGCCGUUGCCAUGGAAGCGUUGCUCCGCCUCUCCUCACGGCUUGAGGCUGGGUGGGCGGAGCUCCGGGCGUCCGUCACUCAAUCGCUUUGUUUGUUGGCGUACGCCAAGAGUGCACUUUUGUGAACGCGCACACGUGCAGCCUUUGAACAUGUCAUUGUGCUGCUUUGUUUACAAUAAAAAGCUUGUUUUUGUGACUUGAAUUUUGUUCCAUAAAUUCCUAUGAACACGAGAAAAAUGACUCUAUGCUCAUCAAAAUGUUCAUGAACAACAUUAUCAUAAAAUAAAAGGUUUAAAGUGUGGAGGGUUCUUUGACUGACAUGACGAGCAGCCAAUCGGAAGACAGCAAGAAUACGUAUGAACGGUUUGUGUUUUGAGGCACAAAGUGAAAAAAGACAAGCAAUAGUUGUUUUAAAUGUGAUUUUUUUUCAUUUGUAUAAAGAAUAAGUUCAGUUUGCGGAAGUAUUAGGUUAGACUGAUUCAACAUUUUUAUCUUCACCAACGUUAGCAUCAUUAGUGACGUUCGCUUAAUUUGCAUGAGUAAGAACAGGUGUCCAUGUCAAUAGUUUUACAUUUAAAGAGUCCCCAAUAUCUUUACAAAAAUAGGCAUGGAAAUGGAGUCAUGAUUUUGAUGUCAUUGACGAACAUUUCGCCGUUGUUAGCAAGCUCCAUCAGCACAAACAGGUGUCAUGUCAAUAUUCUUAACACUUAACGCCACAGUACUGAUUAGCAUGGAAAUUUAUUGAAUGUACAAUUUAAUCACGUUGCUGAGUGAGAGCUAGAUCAUCGCCUGCCACCGUGGGGGACCUAGUUUCAAGACCCCGACUGGACCAUCCGCCAACAUCCCCCGGACUCACGGCUGUGGUGUCCUUGAGCAAGACACCGAUACCCCGAAAUGCUCCCCGGGCGCUUCGGCUGCCCCACUCCUCCAGCGUGUUCCACUAACAUGUGUAUGUGUUCACUGUGAUGGGUUCAA